AUGAGUUCACUCAAGGAACCUCUCGGUCUCUUGAAGGCGCUGCUAGCCCGCAUCCCUUUGAUCCUCAAGACGAUCCUCUUACAUGGCUUUCAAAUGUCUCCUGUCAAGGGGAAACAGGACAUGCGUACCGAAUUAACAGUCGCUAUUAUUCGCUCAUUCAUGGCAAUAAAUGCUCCACUCGGUAAAACCCAGAAACAAGGAAUACGUGACCCUGGAGUCAAAGGACCUAUGUGGGUAUCCAAGGUGACCCUUCCGCAGCCCGAGAUCGAAGUGCGCGAUGCAGUACUACGCGCAAUCGAAGAUCUUAAGACAGGCGAUGAGACAUACGAUGUUCCGGAAACUAUCGCUGUCGAAGCCGAAUGGACCGGUUACCGCGGCGGAGUUGGAAAGAAAACACCAGAGCCCGAUCUCUCGGAAGAGGAGAAAUACCACAAGCUGCGCGAGGAAUCGCCAUCUGAUAUGACGAUUUUGUAUUUCCAUGGAGGUGCCUACUUUCUUUUGGAUCCUUGCAGCCAUCGUGUCCCUGUCGCACACCUGUCUCACCUAACGGGCGCCCCGGUCCUCUCCGUGCGAUAUCGCCUCGCUCCUCAAAACCCAUUUCCAGCCGCACUUGUCGACGCCUUAACAGCAUACCUCUCGCUCCUCCACCCGCCUCCAGGCUCUCUCCACAAACCCGUACCAGCCAACAAGAUCGUAUUCGCAGGCGAUUCUGCCGGCGGGAACCUCUCACUAGUCCUCCUUCAAACACUCUUGACCCUCGACCGCGCAUCGCACACAAUCCGCUUCCACGGCAAAGAUGUGCCCAUAGAACUGCCCGCAGGCGUCGCAACCAUUUCCCCGUGGUGUGACGUGACGCGCUCCAUGCCAUCUACCAGCGGUAACGCACACCUCGAUUACCUUGAGGCGCCGCUUGUGCCCUCCGACGACCCAGCUAUCAAGACUCCAUUCACCCCGCUCCCUUUCACGCCAGAUGAUAUAUGGCCCACGUCCCCACCUCGCGCUGAUGUCUACUGCAACGCCAGCAUGCUGAGUCACCCAUUGGUAUCUCCACUCGCCAUCCGAGCUGAUCUCUGGAAGAACGCACCGCCUAUCUGGAUCUCAACUGGCGAGGAAGGCCUUACAGACGAGGCUCUCGUUCUAGCGCGCCGCGUCUACCAGGCUGGUGUGCCCCUCGUUGCGGAGAUGUUCGAGGGUAUGCCGCACUGUCACGGUAUACUCAUGAUGGGCAGGCCAGCUAGUCAUCGUUUCUUCGAGAGCUUUGCUGGGUUCUGUCGUGAUGCGGUUGCCGGCCGGGUCGUGUCAACGGGGAACCUCACCUGGUUGGGCUUCAAGCUGCAGUUGAUAAAGAAGAUACCGAUCGAAAAGGCCUGUGAAACUAGUGAUGAACAGGUUGAGGCCCUUAUGCAAAAAAUCGCUGCUUGGAAGCUGGAGGGAGAGAUUGAACUACAGAAGCAAUGGCGUGCGACAGCGCGGUUGUGA